AUGGCGAGUCUGUUCGGCUCAUCGUCUUCCGCUUCGUUCAAGAUGAGAGUCACCAACACGCCUUCCAGCGACCUCGUCCUCACCAACCUCGCCUUCUGUUCCCCCUCCGAUCUUCGCAACUUCGCCGUCCCCGGCAGCGACCAGAUUGGGUUGAACUCCAUUCAACGGCGGUGUGCCAAAGUUUCCACUGGUGAUUCCGUACAAUUGACCCGAUUUGUGCCUCCUGACAACUUCAAUCUCGCACUGCUAACCAUUGAAUUGGAAUUUGUCAAAAAGGGGAAUAAGAGUGAGCAGAUUGAUGCUGUUCUACUGGCUAAGCAACUCCGGAAAAGAUUUAUAAACCAGGUUAUGACUGUGGGGCAGAAAGUGUUAGUUGAGUACCAUGGAAAUAACUAUUGCUUUACCGUCAAUAAUGCUGCUGUUGAAGGUCAAGAAAAGUCUAAUUCUCUUGAAAGAGGGAUCAUUUCUGAUGACACAUACAUUGUUUUUGAAACAUCACGGGAUAGUGGAAUUAAGGCGAAAUCUGAGAAGAGUCUUGAGGAAGCUAUCUACAGUGCUGAGGCAGCACUGAUUUCACAGAUUGUCAAUCAACGGGAGGGUGCAACUAGCAACAUUUUCAAGCAGAAAGAAUUUAACCUUCAGUCACUGGGUAUUGGUGGUUUGAGUGCAGAGUUUGCUGAUAUAUUUCGAAGAGCUUUUGCCUCUCGCGUUUUUCCUCCCCAUGUGACAUCUAAACUAGGAAUCAAACAUGUGAAGGGCAUGCUUCUUUAUGGACCUCCUGGAACUGGAAAGACACUUAUGGCACGUCAAAUUGGAAAAAUUUUGAACGGGAAGGAACCAAAGAUUGUAAAUGGCCCUGAAGUGUUGAGCAAAUUUGUUGGUGAAACUGAAAAGAAUGUUAGAGACCUUUUUGCUGAUGCUGAACAGGAUCAGAGGACCAGAGGGGAUGAAAGUGAUUUACAUGUUAUAAUCUUUGAUGAAAUUGAUGCUAUUUGUAAGUCAAGAGGUUCAACUCGAGAUGGUACUGGAGUUCAUGACAGCAUUGUAAAUCAGCUUCUUACUAAGAUAGAUGGUGUGGAGUCACUAAAUAAUGUUUUGCUUAUUGGAAUGACUAACAGAAAGGAUAUGCUUGAUGAAGCUCUCUUAAGACCAGGGAGGUUGGAAGUCCAGGUUGAGAUAAGCCUUCCUGAUGAAAAUGGUCGAUUGCAAAUUCUUCAAAUUCAUACUAACAAAAUGAAAGAGAAUUCUUUUCUAGCUCCUGAUGUGAACCUUCAAGAGCUUGCUGCUCGAACGAAAAAUUAUAGUGGUGCAGAACUUGAAGGUGUGGUGAAAAGUGCUGUCUCAUAUGCUUUAAAUAGACAAUUGAGUCUAGAUGAUCUCACUAAGCAAGUGGAGGAAGAGAACAUUAAGGUCACGAUGGACGACUUUUUGAAUGCACUGCAAGAAGUUAUUCCCGCAUUUGGUGCUUCAACUGAUGAUCUUGAAAGAUGCAGUGUGGAAAACUGUGAGGAAGGACUCCAUGGCAUGGUGGACUGUGGUAGUCGACAUCAGCACAUUUAUCAAAGAUCAAUGCUACUUGUGGAGCAAGUUAAAGUGAGUAAAGGAAGCCCACUUGUCACUUGUCUUCUGGAAGGAUCCCGUGGCAGUGGUAAAACUGCACUGGCAGCUACUAUUGGUAUUGACAGCGAUUUCCCGUAUGUCAAGAUAGUUUCAGCUGAAACAAUGAUUGGUCUACAUGAGAGCACCAAAUGUGCACAGAUUAUUAAGGUUUUUGAGGAUGCAUACAGGUCACCCUUGAGUGUCAUAGUUCUUGAUGACAUUGAGAGAUUAUUGGAGUAUGUAGCCAUUGGUCCUCGUUUUUCAAACUUGAUUUCUCAGACACUACUGGUUCUGCUCAAACGGCUUCCUCCAAAGGUUUCUGUUCAUCCUUGUUCUGGCAAAAAACUCAUGGUUAUUGGCACAACAAGUGAACUGGGUUUCUUGGACUCAAUUGGAUUUUGUGAUACCUUCUCUGUUACUUACCACGUUCCGACCUUGAACACAAAGGAUGCUCGGAAGGUCCUCGAAGCAUUGAAUGUGUUCUCCGAUGAAGAUAUUGAUUCUGCUGCAGAGGCAUUGAAUGAUAUGCCUAUCAGGAAGCUAUAUAUGUUGAUUGAGAUGGCAGCGCAAGGGGAGCAAGGUGGAUCUGCAGAGGCUAUCUAUUCUGGCAAAGAGAAGAUUAAUAUUUCUCAUUUCUAUGAUUGCCUCCAGGAUGUUGUUAGAUUAUAA